AUGGCCGCAGCACCGCAAGACUCACCUGCCACUCUCCUCUCACUCAAGCACCUGGAUGCUGAGCGCUUGUCCGUUGUCACGCUGGCACUGGAGAACAUUCUGAGUCUCCCUGACGUCGAGCUCACAUAUGCACAAAUUGUCGACGGGCUCCCGCUCCGAAAAGUCUAUGUCGAGUCCCGCGGGUUUGUCCCGACCAUCGUCUCGGAGCACGAAUCCCUGUGCGAUGGCGCCUUGGACCGCGUGCGCGACGCCCGGAGCAAGCUGGACAUGAACACACUUUUCUUUCCGCAGACAGCCCUGGAGCGAUACGCCCACGCCCGUGCUGGCUCCGUCGCGUUUUGUCUCUGCUUGCUUGAGCUGCUCGCCGUCGCAUGCCAUCAGAUUGGCGCCACGCUCUACGAAUGGAGCGACGCCGAUGCCCUCCACAGCCGCGCAUCCGUGCUGGCCGCCAUCGGCCAUGAGCUGGACGCGAACCGGCGCAACCGUGUCUUCCACCCGAGCAAUCUGCCGAAACACACCCACUUCUACCACCACAGCUACAUCUACCAAGAUCAAUACCCGCGGGGCGUGGCCGACAUGGUGGGCUACUGGGCGGAGACGCGCAUUUUUGGCGGCGUCGCCGUGUUUGACCGGGGCCGUUCUGGUGACGCCAAUGGCGGCGUGUACUUUCACUCCGACCGACACAGCUACGGCACCUCGUUGUACCCGCCGACCGAAGACCAGUUGAAGGCACUCAUGGCAUUCUUCACGUCUACGACGGUGACGGCGACGGCGACGGCGACGGCGGCCGCCCUCCCCCCCGAAGCAUGCCCCCUCCCCGUCGUCUCGACCAGUGCCAAUCGGUGGCGGUGGGACGCGGGCUUCGCAUUCCUCCACUGGAACAUCUUCCGGGACCGCUACGAGCGGAACGUGUCGCCAACCUAUCGGCCGUAUCGUCACAAAAUGCCGGCCAGUACGUGGCCCGAAGUCGGCGACGACAAUGAAAUUUUCCGUCAGUUUGUGAUUGAACACGAUGGACUCGAGCCGGUGGACCACGCGGCCAUUGCGACGGCCAAGGAGAACCUGAAAAAGAUCACACCCACUUCGCCGAAAUGGCGCGGACCGAUGCCGAGCAUGGAUGAGCCCAAUCCGCCGUGGAAGCCGCCCUACUACCACGACCUGGCGAGGCAACUGGAGUAG